UUUUGGGUUUUUGGUUUUUUUUUUUUAUUGCCAGCUGGGUAAUUUGCAGAGAAAGGCAGUGGAUUUUUGGGUUGUUAUUUUUCUGGGUAGCUGUUACUAUGGCAAGGAAACUUGAUUCAGUGUGAAGAAAGGUCAGAAAUACCAGACUGAACAUUUCAUGCAUGUUCUGUUUAAAGCUUCAGCUGCUGAGGCUUCAGCAAGGGAGAAGUAAAGGCACCAGAGACCCCAGAUACAAGGUGUUUGGGUUUUUUUUAAAGCCUUUUCUGCUUAAAAGUUAGAGUUACUUGAAAACCUGGGCUUGGUAUGACAUGACCUUGCGGGCUAGGAGUGUGUAAUAGUCACAGCUUUUAGGCAGAUUGUCCAUACCUUGUUCUAAGCACCACUGAGGAAUGGCUUUAGGAUGGCUCACACGGCAGCUUGCUGCAGGUCACCCCAGGAGACCAGGAGGUGGGACCCCCGGGAGACCAAGCAUUUGGGAUGGCAGCUCAGGCUUCACCCAUGCUGGGGGGGUUACAAAGGUGCCAGACUUUUCCAAUGACCCUGGUCCCACUCAGAGCCAUGAAAAAGCAGUGGGGAUUUGAAGAGAUCUGUGCCUGUGGGACUGCUGAGCUCUCUGUACAAUGGGGUUUUGGGGUGCUGGGCUCCACUGAAAAUCUAUUCUUCACUGAGUGGCAGAGAAGAGAGCUUUCUCCCUGGAGGAGGGGACACUUAUAGCUCUCUUCUGGGUGGUGAGCAGAGGGAAAGGUGGAUUUGGACCUCCUGGAAAACCUACCCCUGUGACAGUUGUGGUUCUUGUUGGCCGUGUCUUUGCUAGAACAAGGACGCUUUGUUUUUCUACUGCAAAGGUUGGUACCUGAGCACACAGGGGUUGUUUAUCUGACAGCGCAAAGGGUGGUUACACCAUCACAUUUACGUGCUUCUAUCAGGAAAAGCAGCUUCUUUCAAUUACAGUGACUAACGGGGAGGUUUAGGUGCUGCUCCUGCAUCUGAAACUUUCUGAUGUAUUAUUGGGAUGCACUGUAUCCUGCUCAGCUCCAGCAUAGGUGGGAACAGCAUAAAGAAGGUUGUCACCAUGUUUCUAGUCCUUUCUCAUCCCUUGGUCUUGAUUAUGUCUGGACAAAAGCCCUAAUUCUAGCCCUUACGCGAUGUUUCUGUGAUAUGAUGGAGCUCCAGCUGCAGGUAGUUACCUCUGGGUUUUUGCGGAGGGGCAGAUGUGGGGUCCCUGUCUGUCCCCUUCCCAGCUGACCUCGGAGCAGAUGGUUUUCCUGAAUGGGUGAACUGAGCACCCAGCCCUGGGGAGAGCAGGAGAUCCUGCCCAUGUUGGGUGAGUUUGGACCUUGUUCGUGGCAUCCCAUACCGGCACCUCUCACCUUCUGCAUCUCUGCCCUUCGGAGCGGGUGAGCGGUGUUGGGUGGUCUGGGGUCACACUGGGAGCAGAAGAGCUGAGCCACGGGGUCUAACCUUUCCCAGGGACCUGUUCCUGCCCCAAACGGUGCAUCAGGUCCUGUGCCUGGAGCCGCACUAGGAAAGCACAGGAGUGUUGCUGUAACCUGGAAUUGCACUGGGAAGAGAUUCCAGAGCAGGCAGGCAGGGGAGCGCUGGGCUCUGCCUGACACCCUCCUUGGUAGCCGGUCAAAUUCCUGGGGACCUCCCCUCCGUGUCCCCCUCCUGGCCUCGUACCAGGACUGUUCCUUGGGACCGAAAUAGGAUCCCUGCAGUGAACCAUUUCCUUUUGUCUGUCUGUGCUGUGUCAUCUCUCCCUGCUCUUUAUUUAAUAGAGUGCAGACAGCCAAGACAGAGCUGAAACAAAGCUGCUCGCUCCUGCCUGGUGCUGAGGAGCAGGAGCUGUGAUUUCUUCUGUGUUGAUGUGCUAUUUCCAGCAUAUUGUUGUCCCUGUUCCUGCCUCUCCUGUGACGCCUGUCCCCAGAGCAGUGGGAAGCGUUACCGCUCUGGCUGGUGAGGCUGGCUGGAUGUCAGGCUGUUUUCAGCUCAGCUUUGCAGACCCUUUUCUCAUCUUGGCCAGCACAUGGUAGGACUGCCCUGUGCUUAUCUGGUGUGAUGUUUAGGAUCAGUCUCUGCAUGAGCUUCUCGGGCGAAUCUGAAGCUGCAGGAUUAACGGAGACGCAAUGAAAGCGUAACCAGCCCCUUCCCGCGGGCAGGGACCGAUGCUGCCUUGUCCCACCAGCCACCAUGGAGUUAGCUAAUACCAAAGAUUUCCAGUGGAAGACCCUGGCCCCGCUCCCGAGCCGCAGGGUCUACUCAACCUUAGUGGAAGCUGGCGGGCAGGUGUUUGCCAUCGGGGGCUGCGAUGACAACGGGGUCCCCAUGGACUGCUUUGAGGUCUACUCCCCCGAGGCCAACCAGUGGACGUCGCUGCCGCCCAUGCCCACGGCUCGGGCUGGGGUGGCUGUGGCCAACUUGGGCAAGAGGAUCAUGGUAAUAGGAGGGGUCGGAAUGAAUCAGAUGCCGCUGAAGAUAGUGGAGAUGUACAACAUAGAUGAGGGCAAGUGGAAGAAGAGGAACUCGCUGAGAGAGGCAGCCAUGGGCAUCUCGGUGACAGCAAAAGACUACAGAGUCUAUGCGGCUGGUGGGAUGGGAUCUGACCUGCGGCCACACAACUACCUGCAGCACUAUGACAUGCUCAAGGACAUCUGGGUGUCGCUGGCAGCCAUGCCCACGCCCAGGUACGCUGCCACAUCCUUCCUGCGAGGCACCAAGAUCUACGUGCUGGGUGGAAGGCAGUCCAAAUACGCAAUCAAUGCCUUUGAGGUCUUUGACACAGAGACCAGGUCAUGGACCAAGUUUCCCAACAUCCCCAACAAAAGAGCCUUCUCCAGCUUCGUGCCCACAGAAGACAAACUCUUCAGUGUUGGUGGCCUGCGGCAGGGACGGCUCUACCGGCAGCCCAAGUUCAUGAGGACCGUGGAUGUGUUUGACAUGGAACAAGGUGGUUGGAUGAAGAUGGAGCGCUCCUUCUACCUGAAGAAAAGGCGAGCAGAUUUUGUGGCUGGCUACCUGAAAGGCAGAGUUGUCGUGGCUGGGGGACUAGGAAACCAGCCGACUGUCCUGGAAUCUGCAGAGGCCUUCCACCCUGAGAAAAACAAGUGGGAGAGCCUGCCCCCCAUGCCCACCCCACGCUGCGCCUGCUCCAGCAUCGUGGUCCGGAACUGCCUGCUGGCUGUCGGUGGGGUGAGCCAGGGUCUGAGCAGUGCCGUGGAGGCCCUGUGCCUCUCCGAUUCCUAGCUGGCUCCUGCCCGACACAGGAUCCUGCCCCUCGCUGCCUGCUGCAGUGGUGGUGGUGGCACUGGGAAGCUCCUGGCUGGAUGAGAACCACCCAAGGUGCCCUAGGAGCCUGGCAACUCGGCUGUCAGUCGAUACCUAAACCCAGCCUUGCUCUGGAACCAUGGCUGGCAGGAGCCUGCGGCCAGGGCUGCUGGUCCUCUCCCUCUCAGAUGCUGCCAUUCCAGCCCCAUGGAGGGAAGGAGACAUUGGCCAGGAGUCCCCUUUGGUCACCUUCAGAUCUCUGCGGGGAAACCCAGAUGAAGGAACUGCUUGCAGAGCUGAUGUGCCAUGUCUCCGGCCAGCAGGAAGGACUCUGGAGAUCAUGGCAUGGGUGAGCCCUGCUGCCAUCCUGACCAAAGGCGAUGGGUUUGGAGGUGUCAGGAGGAUGAAGAUGGGUCAAUGGUGGUUCAGCGAGAACUGUGAUGAUGUUGCCCACUUCAAGCAGCCUGGAAGCUGUGCUUCCCUGCACAGAUCCCCUUGGCUGGCAGCAAGGGAAACUCCUAGCCUUGGGGAAAUUGCUCUCUUGCCUUCCUCGCAGGGCUUUUCCUGCAGACCUGUAGCAUUUGACUAUCGCUUUGCCAGGAGAUGGAGUGAGGGUCUGCCAAUGCUCAUGGAAGGGGUGAGUGACAAGGAACUGUUUCGUCUAGAGGAAGGACCUCACUUCUGGCACGAGACUAGCACAGAUACUGCCUCUGCUGGAUUUCAUGCAGAGAUGGCUUCAACCUAUGAGAUUCUGAACUGGAUUUUAACCCCUUUAAUGAUUUGGGAUCUUCUGUUCAGCCCUGGAAGAAAGAAGAAAAACUGAACUUUGUCUCUGGUUGUGGAGCUCUCUAACCAGGGGCUGGGCAGUGGCUUUGGUGAUGGCUUUGCUGGCAGUGAAGCCAGAAGGCCCCAGCCCUCGCCUCCUCUUUGGCUUUGUUCUUCCCAGGCAGUUUGCAGGAGACCUGUCUGAGCAGUGACACCAUUAAAAUCUGUCUUCAGAGAAGCCUGGUGUGUGGUUCAGAGAAGCCUGUGGUGGCUGCGAUGCUACGAGAAUGUGGGACCCAGACUGAAAAUCUCCUUGCUUGGAAGUGUUAAAAAAAAAUGUCUAUUUGUAGCAUUUCGUGGCAUGGUUUGGUAGACACAGUGCUGUUGGUAUGACAGUUGGACUGGAUGCGCUUCGAGAUCUUUUCCAGC